AUAUCAGUCAUCGGAGGUUUUAUGAGCUGAGGAAAACAUUCGUAGAUCUGUUUUCAGUUUUCGCAUCUGCUUAGCAACUACAUCGUCGAAGAUCAAACACCAUGGCCAUCGCCUUAGCUAAGCUUCUGAUCUCCGCCAUGGCGGUUUUCAUGCUCGUCUCUGCCACGUUUGCGACCUCGGAAGAAGUGCCGUUCAUGGUGGUCCACAAGAAAGCCACUCUUAACAGGCUCAAAUCUGGCGCCGAACGCGUCUCCGUUUCUUUCGAUAUCUACAACCAAGGAUCCUCGACGGCGUAUGACGUGACUCUGAUUGAUAGUAGCUGGGAUAAAGCCAAAUUUGAAGUUGUUAAUGGAAACACUUCUAAAUCAUGGGAAAGACUUGAUGCAGGAGGUAUCCUGUCUCACUCUUUCGAAUUGGAGGCUAAGGUUAAAGGAGUUUUCUACGGUGCUCCUGCUGUCGUUACUUUCCGCAUUCCCACAAAGCCAGCUCUACAGGAAGCCUACUCAACUCCACUACUACCCCUAGACAUCCUUGCUGACAAACCUCCAACGAAGAUGCUUGACGUGGCCAAGAGGUUACUGGUGAAAUAUGGAUCACUCGUUUCCGUCAUUUCCAUGGUGGUUUGUUUCGUAUACUUGGUGGCAACACCUAAGUCUAACGUAUCAAAAGCAAGCAGCAAGAAGAAGCGUUAAGUUAGUGAACUGAAGGUGAGAAAACUUGCUACGGUGCUGUUUUGUGUUUAGCAGUUAAACACAGUUUCAAAGUUUGUAAGAAUUAGAGAACACACUUUAAUUUUGGUGUUGCAGAGGACACAUUUUAAAGAGUUAUUUUGGUUUUGCGUAAUGUCUUGUGAGAGCAUGCAUAGUCAUGGAGGUCUCUUUUAUUUUGAUUCUCCGUUCUGCUUA